AUGAGCGGAUGACGGGCGGCCAAUAUAGGUCAGAAACUGGCUGAGGGGCGGAGACAUUCGUUCAUUGUGAGCUUUAAGGCGCGCUUUUCACGCACCGGGACAAGCAAGCGUACAGUACCUUUAUGUGGUCUCGGCUAAAUGCUAAGUUAGCCUCAGUCGCCCUUCAUAAACAAGCAGCUCCACACCUUGUAAUCGGCCAAGACCGAUGCUUGUUGCGUGAACAAGGAAGUGUGCCUUCAAGUGAACGUCAUUGAAAGCUCUUCACCAACCAACUUUACAAUGGGCAAAAAGUCUCGCGAAGACGACUCCUCUUCGUCGGAUGAAGAAGAGUAUGUUGUGGAGAAGGUGCUGGACCGGCGGGUGACGAAAGGCAGGGUCGAGUUCUUUCUCAAGUGGAAAGGAUAUUCAGACAAGCACAACACAUGGGAACCAGAGAAGAACCUGGACUGCCCUGAGCUCAUUUCCGAGUUUAUGAAGACUUACAAAAAAAGUGGGAGCUCCACUCCAAGUAGCGCAGCCAGCAAGCCCGGCACAGCCCCCUCUCCAGGACGCGCCAAAGACUCCGGGAGCUCCAAGAAGAGGAGCUCGGACGACGACGAAGACGACGAGGGUGGAAGCAAACCUAAAAAAAAGAAAGAGGAUGAAAUUCUAGUGGCCCGAGGCUUUGAGAAGGGCCUUGAACCAGAGAAAAUCAUUGGAGCAACUGACUCGUGUGGUGAUUUGAUGUUCUUGAUGAAAUGGAAAGAUUCCGAUGAGGCGGACCUUGUGCUCGCGAAAGACGCCAAUCUCAAGUGCCCGCAGAUCGUCAUCUCCUUCUACGAGGAACGCCUCACCUGGCACGAGGACGGCGACAAGAAGGAGAAGGAUGCAGUCAGCGUGUGAGUUUGUUCGCCUCCACGGGAAAGGAAAACUUCUCCGCCACACGGACAAGCUCGAGUCAGACAUUUUUAACCCCCCCCCCCCCCCCCCCCCACAACUGCAUCCCCACACGCUCCCGUCGUGAAUGAGAAACUGCUGCAUCAGUCACCGGCGGGCGCGUUUGGGCUCGCUGCCACCUUGUGGAUGAACGCGGUGACGCUCGCCAUUGCCGACAAUAAGUCAGUGCUUUUCAUUUCCAAAUAUUAGUCCUGAAAUCACAUCACUUUUAAUGGGUGAAUCAUGGUUUUGAUCAUCGUGACUCGAAGCUUUAGAAUGUUGCCUGAUCAGGCGUAUCCUGCCUUCAUUUGAUUGGCAACUAUUCUUCAGUGCUUCCUGUCAUUUUGUCUUCACAGAUACUUUCCAAGAUGGGUGACCUAUUUUAAAAAGUGGUUGUCGUGUGUUCCAAAUUAGUUUUUAGGGCCAAAUAUGUUUUUAAUGAGCUUUAUUUUACUUAGCAACAAAGCCUUCAGUAGUUCUGGCGUGACAGUCUUUUUACACUUUUCUUUUUCUUAAACAUUGCAGACUUUUUAAACAAAAACGUGAGUUGUUCCUUUUUGUGAUGUUAAACAGAGUAUGGCAACAUACUUCAAUAAAUUGUUUCGAUGUUGAA